AGCUCAGCGCCCGGCGCGGCCGCCGGGGGAGCAGCCCUCUCCUCGCUGGGCCCGGUGCCCGCCGUGCCCCCGGUGCCCCCCGGAGCAGCACCAGCCAGCGCUUAGCGCCCACCCAACAGGAGCUGCCAUGUCGCCUUUCCUCCGGAUCGGCCUGUCCAACUUUGACAGCGGCCCCUUCCAGCCAUGCCAGGGGGAGGUGGUUAACCCGUAUUGUGCUGUGCUGGUUAAAGAAUCCAUCGAGUCAGAGAAUGGACAAAUGUAUGUCCAGAAGAAGCCAACCAUGUACCCACCGUGGGACAGCACUUUCGAUGCCCACAUCAACAAGGGGAGGGUCAUGCAGAUCAUUGUGAAGGGCAAAAACAUAGACAUGAUCUCGGAAACCACCGUGGAACUCUUUCCUCUUGCAGAGAGGUGCAGGAAGAGCAAUGGGAAGACAGAAGUAUGGUUAGAGCUGAAACCCCAAGGCCGCCUGCUAAUGAAUGCAAGAUACUUUCUGGAAAUGAGCGAUACCAAGGAGCUGAGUGAAUUUGAGACUGAAGGCUUCUUUGCCCUGCACCACCGGCGGGGAGCUAUCAAACAGGCUAAAGUCCACCACGUCAAGUGUCAUGAGUUCACGGCGACUUUUUUCCCCCAACCCACUUUCUGUUCUGUUUGCCACGAGUUUGUCUGGGGUCUUAACAAGCAAGGCUAUCAGUGUCGACAAUGCAAUGCUGCCAUUCACAAGAAGUGCAUUGAUAAAGUUAUAGCGAAGUGUACAGGAUCUGCCGUCAACAGCCGAGAAACUAUGUUCCACAAGGAGAGGUUUAAAAUUGACAUGCCACAUCGAUUCAAAGUCUACAACUACAAGAGUCCAACAUUCUGCGAGCACUGUGGGACUCUGCUGUGGGGGCUGGCCAAACAAGGGUUAAAGUGUGAUGCCUGCGGCAUGAACGUGCAUCACAAGUGCCAGAAGAAAGUGGCAAACCUCUGCGGGGUCAACCAGAAGCUCAUGGCCGAGGCGCUAGCGAUGAUUGAAAGCACACAGCAGGCUCGCUCCUUACGGGACACUGAACAUAUCUUCAGAGAAGGCCCGGUCGAGAUCGGACUCACCAAUCCUACAAAGCCAGGGAUGACGCUGCCGCCUUUACCGAUCCCCACUGUGGGGAAAAAAGAGCCCCAGGGCAUCUCAUGGGAGUUGCCAGCAGAAGAGGUGAUGAGUCCAGAGAUAGCACCCGAACCUGAAUCGGACAUAGCAUCCCUCCAGAUGAAAUUCACCAUUGAUGAUUUUGUUUUGCAUAAAAUGCUGGGGAAAGGAAGUUUUGGCAAGGUGUUCCUGGCAGAGCUGAAGAAAAGCAACCAGUUCUUUGCCGUGAAAGCCCUGAAGAAAGAUGUGGUUCUGAUGGAUGAUGAUGUUGAGUGUACGAUGGUGGAGAAGCGAGUCCUCUCCCUGGCUUGGGAGCAUCCCUUCUUGACCCACCUGUACUGCACAUUCCAAACCAAGGAAAACCUCUUUUUUGUAAUGGAGUACCUCAACGGAGGAGACCUAAUGUACCACAUCCAGAGCUGCCACAAGUUUGAGCUUGUCAGAGCUACGUUUUAUGCUGCCGAAAUCAUUUGUGGUUUGCAGUUCCUUCAUUCUAAAGGAAUCGUGUACCGAGACCUGAAACUAGACAAUGUCCUUUUAGACAAAGACGGGCAUAUCAAAAUAGCCGAUUUUGGGAUGUGCAAGGAGAACAUGUUUGGAGAUGCCAAGACAAGCACUUUCUGUGGAACCCCUGACUACAUAGCUCCAGAGAUCCUAUUGGGGCAGAAAUACAAUACAUCAGUGGACUGGUGGUCCUUCGGUGUCCUCCUCUACGAAAUGCUUAUUGGCCAGUCCCCUUUCCACGGCCAGGACGAAGAGGAGCUCUUCCACUCCAUCCGCAUGGACAACCCCUUUUACCCCCGCUGGCUGGAGAAGGAUGCCAGGGACAUCUUGGUGAAACUCUUCGUGAGGGAGCCCGAGAGGAGGCUAGGUGUGAAGGGCAACAUCCGUCAGCAUGCCUUCUUCCAGGGGAUCCGCUGGGACGAGCUCGAAAAGAGACAGAUGGAACCACCAUUCAAACCCAAAGUGAAAUCACCGAGUGACUGCAGCAACUUCGACAACGAGUUCCUGAAUGAGAAACCCCGGCUGUCCUUUGCCGACAGAGCACUGAUAAACAGCAUGGACCAAAAUAUGUUCAGCAACUUUUCCUUCGUUAACCCUAAGAUGGAGAGGAUGCUCUCCUGAGACUCGCCCUCCCCAGAGCCUGUCUAGCCAAAGGUUCUUCCUGGGGACCGGUUCGAGGGACACUUCCUGGGCCCCUCAUGUCACCCUGGCACCAAAAGGGGAAACACUCAACACCCCCGCCCCUCCAAGUUUCAGACGUGGGAGCAGAUGGUCCGGGCAUGACCCUCCUGUGGCGGAAACCAGCUCUACUUCACUAAAGACACUUUGGUUUCGGCUCUGGCCCUCCUUUUGCUGAAUACUCUUGAAUGUGAAUGUCCAGGUGUCAGAGGGAGGCCUAGCUGGGGAGUUCAGAUUUACCACUCCAGCCAUCACAAUGUAGCAAUUUACUUGAAGGAUAGUAUUCUGUACUGUGAAAGAUUGAACAACUGAAUAAUCCUGUAAAUUACGUCUCUGCACUUGAGCACACGGGCCCCAUCGAUGGCGGCCUGAAUGAAUCCAGAUAUGAACCGUGGACAAACUCUCCAACUGAAACAGCACACUGCUCUCGACACAGAAGUGAUUUUCCCCAGCUGCUGACAAGUGACUGCUGACCUAUUUUACUCUAUGUUCGGAUCUGUAGAAGUGUAAAUGGACAAAAAGAAGGAAAAAAGAAAUAACCCUUAAAAAGUAACAAGGUUUUCCCACGGUCUCUUCACAAUAAACAUAGCCUGUCACUUAAGAUUUGCAAAGCCAUUCAUCCUGAUUAUCCAGGAACCCUGCACCAGAGAUAAAAACAGUAAAUGGAAAGAGUUCCAGUCACCUGAUAGGGUUUUUCCACUGGAAGCCUAAUAGAAAUUUGUAAUCUGGUUAUCUUAUCAAAGCAGAAAUUAAAUUUAGGGUCCUGUUAAGAAAGUGUAAUCUUCAUUGCUCCCUUCAAUUAAAACUUCUUCUCAACUUUCCAACCAUACAUUGCUCACUUGAGACCAUGUCCGGGGCUGUCACCUAUCACUAGUCUUAUCGUGUAAAAGGAAAGGGAACCACCUAUGGGAAAAGGUAAAAAUACAAAAAAACCUACCAUCCACAAUAUACUCAUCCUAUCGGGAAAUCUUGUUUUCAUGCAACAUAAAGAUGAGAGCCAUGUGUGUAGAGAGCCAUGUGUGUUAUUUACCUCGAUCGCCUUGUUAAUUUAGAAUUGUGAACAUACAUUUUGUAAAGGCUCAGUGCUGUUUGUACAGUUUAAUAAAAUGUUGUGAUUUAAUGG